UAUGGCAGAAAUAUUAAAGGAUUGCAUCUGUCCUCCCGUUGGUUAUAGGGGAUGGCAAUACACAGCAUCUCGUUCAGUCAAACACAAGCACAACAGCAACAUCCCUCAAAAAGAGUAGGAAAUCGAUAACCAUCAAAUCGACAUAACAUCAAAACAGCUUUCUUCCAAAAAUGUCUGGACAACAAGGACGCAAGAUCGCCAUCGUCGGCGCCAGCGGUAACCUCGGUGGCUUCACCCUCAACGCCCUCCUCGACAAGGGCAUCCACACCAUCACCGCCGUCACGCGCGCCGAAUCCUCCGCCACACUCCCAGCCGGCGUCAUUGUCAAGAAAGGCGACUACUCGGACGAAGAUUUCUUGGUUUCCGCAUUCAAGGGCCAGGAUGUGCUCAUCCUGCAACUCGGCUUCGACAGCUUCAUAACGGGCCAGGCCCCUCUCAUCCGCGCCGCGGCUAAGGCCGGCGUCAAGUGGGUCCUACCCACCGAAUUCGGCUCCGACCCGGCGCCGUCCAAGUUGCUCGAGGUCAGCCCCCUGGUCGCGGGCAAGAAGCAGUUCCGUGAUUUGGCCGAGGAGCUGGGCAUGAGCUGGAUCGCUAUCGUUAAUAACCCUUGGUUCGACUGGUCUCUCGGCCAGGGAUUCUGGGGCAUCGAUAUCAAGAAUCGCUCUGCUCGAUUGUUUGACGGCGGAAACACAAAGUUCAUCACGACCACUAUUGGCACCACCGGAAAGGCUACGGCUGGUGUUCUGAGCUUGCCUGAUGCUGAGUUGAAGCAGUUCCGGAACAAGCCUGUGUACCUGAAGUCCUUCCACAUCAGCCAGAGGGACAUGCUGGACAGCAUCCUGCGCGCUACCAGCACGAAGGAGGCGGACUGGAAGGUUGAGGUUCUGGAUGCAGAGGCUGUCGUGGCUGAUUCAAAUGAGAAAUUCAAGCAGGGUGAUCACAUGGCUAUGUUGGUUGGUUUCUACGUCAACCACAUGCGUGAGGGCUGGGGCGGUGACUACAGCGCCAAGGUCUCUGACAUGAGCAAGCUUGGUGUUUCAGAGGAGAGCCUGGACGAGGUCGCCAAGAGGGUGGUGAAGGAAAUCGGGGCGUAGUAGACUCGCACCUUGGUUUCAAUUUGGUUUAUCGUAUAACACAAUCGUACUUAUUUUGACAACCGCUGUACUUGAAUCCAUUCGAACUGACUUGAC